AUGGUUCACGUCCAAGUAGUAAGAGCUCUUGAAGACAAUUUCAUGUACAUCGUCCGAAAUGAGAACGACGAUAAAGUUCUUGUCGUUGAUCCCGUUGAGCCGGAGAAAAUACAGAAUAUUUGCGUUAAAGAUAAUGUGAGUUUUGGUUUGCAAAAGUUUCGACUUGGUAAAGAUUAUGUGAAGAUCUGAUUAUUUCGAUCACAAUGAAUUCUUGCUGAACUUAGAAGAAGAAGAAGGGAGAUUUUGCAUUUAACUGAAAGCGCGAUAUUGUCUACUGAUAAGCUUCAGCUGACAAUAGUUGGUGCUUUAAUCACUCACCACCAUUGGGACCACGCCGGUGGAACUCCUGCUUUCCGAAAGGCGUUUCCUGAUAGCCAACAGGUUUCUUUCUUUUCGAUAAAAAGAGUUUCUGGGUUCAGGUCCCUAUCUUCGGAGGUGACGAUCGAAUCGAGCACGUCGACAAGAUUUUAAAGCACGACGAGGAGUUCGAACAGGCGGGGUUGAAGGUCUGAAUAUAUCUGUUGCAAAGAUUGCAAAAAUGAACGUGAUGCCAAAAUGAUCCAGUUGCUUUGGAAUAUUUUCUUAUGAACUUGUUGAUCACUAAGAAUAACUGCCGAUAUAAACGCGAGGUCGGUGGCGGUACAUUGACGAACUCGCAAACAUGUCGCUUUUUUCUAGGCGCGAUCUCGCAUUUCUCUCGGCGCGACCUCGCCUUUUUCUCGGCGCGACCUCGCAUUUAUCUUGCAUUUCAGAAAAUUUUCAAACUGCGAGAGAAAUGCGAGCUCGCGCCCAGAAAAGUGCGAGACCGGCGCGAGAAAAACAAAAGCGAGAUGUUUGCGAGCUCGUCAAUGUACCGCCAGCGUCUCGCGUUUAUCUCGGCAGUUAUUCUUAGUGAUAACGUUAAAUAAUAACCAAACUUUUUUUUAAAGUUAGUUUCCCCAGUGAUUUCACAUAACAUCUUCAAAGUUUCGGAUUAGAAACGUCUUUAUAGCUGAUCAACAUUAAUAAAUUUUGAGAGAAUGUAUUAAGAUACGUUCUCUAUCGACGCCUUGUCACACCCGAGGACACGUUUGUUACCACGUUUCCGGCAAAAAUGGUCCUGGCGUUGUUUUCACUGGAGACACGUUGUUCAUUGCCGGCUGUGGAAAGUUCUUUGAAGGUUGCUUUUUAAAUAAAAGUUUGGAGAUUCUCAUGCUUUCAGCUGAAAAAUUACUUACCGUACCUUCAAGCAUUUCACCCGAAUAUUUAAAAAAAAUUAAAAUAAUAGUUAGGUAGCCUUGAAGUUGGUUUCCCACGUCCAAGCUAGUCUUAGCAAUCUCUCAAGAGUUUAAUAUUUGCAUUUCUAUAACGAGCAAAAAGUAAUUUUUCUGCUUGGAGGAUCGGCAGACCAAAUGCACCGGAACUUGAACGAGAUUCUCGCUUCUUUGCCCGAUUCUACACUGGUCUAUGUGGGUCAUGAAUAUACUGCGACAAAUUUGAAGUUUGCUGAGUCGGUCGAGCCUGGAAACCAGGUUCCUGCCAGAUUCAAGUUUCUUUCAUUGAAAAUUUCCGGCUAGAAAGUUAUCGAUAAGCUAAAAAUGGGCAACUGA